GCUCCGCCGCCGGCACCAUCUCCGGCGCUCAACCAGUGUGAUCCUAUCCGAAUCUUACCACGAACCCACGGCGACUCCGACGAUGUCGCGCUUCGGGAAGGCCGUCCUCCUCUGCUUGGCCCUAUUCGCCGCAUGGCACUUCUGCUCGACCCUGUUCGCCGACGUGCCUCCUGGUCCUGGUGGCGACCCUGCGGAGGAGGCACCGGUAGCGAGCGACGCGGCCGGGAAAGCGUCCGGCCUGCCUCUCGCCAGGGAGGCCGGCGUCCGGGAGGCGGCCGGAGCGGGGCGCAACUUCGUCAUCUCGCCGCUGUCCAUCCAUGCGGCGCUCGCGAUGGUGACCGCCGGCGCGCGAGGCGACACGCGCAGGGAGCUCCUGGGUUUCCUCGGGUCAGCGUCGCUCGACGAGCUGCACCGCUCGCCGGCGAUCAAGCUUGUGGGCAGUAUCAACGGCCUGACGCAGACGUCCUUCGCCUGCGGCGUGUGGGUCGACCAGAGGCGGGCGCUCAGGCCAGAGUUCACGGCCACCGGCGCGUCGCGGUACGCCGCCACGGGAGAAUCUGUGGACUUUGUGUCGGGGGCCGAGCUGGCGAGGCGGCGCGUGAACGCCUUUGUGGCGGACGCGACGAACCAGCGCAUCCAUGACAUACUCCCUCCCGGCUCCGUCCACUCGUCCACGGAGGUCGUCCUCGCCAACGCGCUCUACUUCAAAGGAGCGUGGCGUCGACCGUUCGACGUCUUCACCGCGCCGUUCCACAUCCCAGGCGGCACCACCGUGCGCGUGCCAUCUAUGACGACAGGCCGGUCACAGUACAUCGCUCUCUACCCGGGCUUCAGGGCCCUCAAACUGCCCUACAGGACCGACGGCGAUCGGCAAGCUGCUGCAUUCUACAUGCUUAUCCUUCUCCCGGACAGCGGCAUUCUCAGCCUCACGGAUCUCUAUGACAAGGCGGUGUCGAUGCCAGAGUUCAUAAGGAAGCACACGCCGGAAGGCGGUGACUUCUCAGGCAUGGUGAGCGGUGGGGAUGGGCGGCUCUCCAUCGGUGGGGUGCUCCAUAAGGCCACCAUCGAGGUGGACGAGCAAGGCACCAUGGCCGCUGCUGCCACGGCCAUAGUCAUGUAUGGUAGCGCGCUUCGCAGGGAACCACCGCAUCUGGUGGAUUUUGUGGCGGAUCGGCCCUUCUUAUUUGCCGUGGUUGAGGAGAGGACGGGCACAACGUUGUUCCUUGGUCAUGUGGUUAAUCCUCUUGCUAACUGAGUAAAAUGUGGAAUCCUUUGGCUGUUGAAUAGUAUAUUUGAACAUUGGUCAUCCUUGGAAAAUUUGGUCACUCCUGUCCUGGUAACAGAAAUGUCCUAAUUCGAGGAGGCAGGAGUAAGUGCUGAUCUCCAUUAAAAAAGCUAAGAUUAUUGCUUGCUUUGCUUAAAGAUGGGGCUGGGCCUUGCUCAAUGAUGAUCCAA